UGUAUUGGACAGUCGCACGGUCUAGACGCUCUGGGAAUGGGAACUUCUGUAGGAAUCAAGAAAAACUUUCAGUUCUUUCGAGUUUACCCACUCCAAAGGCUACUGUUUAUUCUACGAGAAUAGCUCCAGAAAAAGGAAAGGGGAGGAUAAUAUAUUAUAGGCAACACCAAUGUAAGAAAAAAAAGGUAAGAAAGAGGUAGUUGGGGGAUAAGAAAGGGAACGAAAAGAAAUAUAAAUGGGAUAAAGUCAUUUAAAAUCGCAUUGUACUAUAUGUGUAAUAUAAGCUUCAGCUUGCAGUUUAGUUAUAAUCGUGUAUUAUACCAUAACGCUGAUGCAUUGUGGACGCAGUAGUUAGUCGCGCAAAUAACUCCACACGAAUUAAGCAAUACUUAACUUGUAGCACAAAAUACUAGAACUUAUAAAUACCCUAUAUUGUAAACUAUUGAUAACAUAUUACUUGUGCAAGUGAUAAUUCCUAAAAGUGCAUCAGUGAGUGUAUGGCGAAGAGCAGUCGUAAUAUAUAAUUCAGUCUUUCACCAUAAGCGGCAAUGGCAAAGUGGUUCAAAGAUCUCCCCAUGACUUUAAAGAACGGUACCGACAGGAUCCGCUCGUCAUCAGAGUCUGGGUCUCAGACCCGAGCUAAGCCAGGUUUGGCAGGCGGGACAGGCACCAAAUCGGGUGGCACCAAAGGGACCCAGCGCAAAAAUUCGGGGGUGGAGGGAAUUAGUGGCGGGGUGGGCUCGCUCCUGUCCGGUAGAAAUCGGAAAAAUUCAUCAAUGGAUAUGGGACGGAACGGCACCAGCACCGGUGGUUUAACUAAAGACGUUAAAAUUUGGGAGAGUCUAAUUCCAGGCAAGGGUAGAAAAAACUCCAAGGUCGAGACAGGAUUUGAAGAGUAUCGUUCACUUAAAACGUCAACGCUGGCACAUACCUACAUCAGCAGGCUGAUCAAGGUAGACAAACAAGACAAAAACCAAAACUACAAUAGCGGUACUGGAGGUCAAAUGGUACCAGAAACAGAGAAAGGAACGGCAGCUAGCAAGACCGAAGCGGUGAUCAUUUUGGAGGACUAUGCAGACCCCUUUGACGCACAGAAGACCAGGGAGCAGAGGGAGGCGGAGAGAGAGGGAGAGAACGACGGGUACAUGGAGCCGUAUGAUGCCCAGCAGAUGAUUACAGAAAUACGACGCAGGGGAUCAAAGGACCUGCUGAGUGUGAAGUGUGUUCUGCUGGAGGGGGGGGAGGGAGCCCCGGAGGAGGGGCGACCCAGCCCUCCCCUCAUAUACGACACCCCGUACGAGGGGGGCGUUGACGGGGAGGCGGGGGGAGUCCGCACCCCCGUCACCCGGCCGGAGUUGGACCCCCGGCCCCCCGCCGAGUACGAACUGCCCUGGGAGUGGAAGAAGGAGCAGAUUGUGAGAGUCCUAUCAGCUCAGUUUGAGGGAAUUGAGCAUCCGCCCCUCACCAAAGAGGAGCCCCCCCUCCCCACCCGGCAGCAGCACCUGCGGCAGAAGAGCCUGAACCAAAAGAUCCUCAAAUCCUCCCCUCCCAGCCCGACAUCUGAGGUGGAGAACGCUAAGGUCGACCCUACUGUCCCCCUGGAGAAACAGAGCUGGUACCACGGCUGCGUAUCUCGCCAGGAGGCGGAGUCACAGCUGCAGUCCUGUAAAGAGGCCAGCUUCCUCGUGAGGGACAGCGAAUCAGGCACGAGCAAAUACUCCAUCGCCCUCAAGACCAGCCAGGGCUGCGUGCACAUCAUCGUGGCCCAGACCAAAGAGAACGGCUACACCCUGGACCAGAGCAGCUGCGUGUUUCCCAGCAUCCCCGAGGUGGUGCACCACUACUGCGCUCAGCAGCUGCCUUUUAACGGGGCCGAACAUAUGGCCCUGCAGCACCCCGUGCCUCGACCGCACUGAUCCCGCCCCCCGACCCGCUCUGACACUCCCCCUCUGGGGCAGGUCCGAGGUUCUGACUCUCAUCUGAUUCAUUUCAUUUCAUACCCUGACCCUGCUUCUUUCUUUCAGACAUUCACGUGAACUCACCCUCACUUUCAUCUGAUUCAUUUAAUUUCAUAUCCUGACCCUGCUUCUUUCCGUCAGACAUUUACGUGAGCUCACCUUCACUCACAUCUUCACGUUUUGCUCUCAGUAUGACCACAUGUUUUCUUUUGAUCAAGCCAUUUAAAAUAUUUUUGUCGAGUGUUGACAAUACCCAUUCCUGUUUAGGGCAACUCUUUCAAAUAAAUAAUGUUAAUAAUAUUUAUGAUAUUGCCAUUUGAUCUUCUGUUACCCAUAACCGUGUCUAUAUCCGCUCUCUCUUUUUAUUAUGAAUAUAAAACCCACAGUCCUUCAAUGUGACUCUUGAACCAUCUGCCUCAUAAACAAGCAUGACAAAUCAAUCUCACGUCCCCCUCUGGUGGACAAGCUGGUGAACUGCACCAACUUAAAAAAAACGAGUAAUGCUUACCGUGAUAUAGUAAAUACAGAAAUCCUUUAUGCCAAGGGCUUUAGGAUUUACUGCAAGAAAAAAUAUAUUGGUACAUAAAAUGUUUUCCUUUCUUUUCAUUUCCAUCCCUUGUGCAUCGUGAGUGAAUGUAAUUAUGAGUGAGUAAGCCCCAAAUGCAAUGUGCUACCUUCAGUAUUGAUCAUUGCCUGAUAACCAGUGUUAGCUUAAUGACCAAAAUCAAUACUGGAAAUCAAAGUAUGCUUAAGUUAUCAAGUCAAUCAAUGCUGGUGUAUUGAACCGGGCGCUGGUAAAGAUUCCCUGAUUGGACUUAUUUCAGAUGAGGAGUGAGGACCUUUUUCAUUUCCCCUCCUGCAUCUACUUAUUUAGCAAUGGUUAGUUAUCUUUACUCCUAGUAAUCUAUACUAGUGCUAAAUAAAUUGACUUGCAAACUAUUGUGAUCAAUAUUAUCAAAUCAAUGUUUCAGACAAAGCGUGCCAAUAUAUGCCUUAAAAUGUUGUCUAUUGUACAUAUAUACAGUGAGUUCAUGAGUAACCAUGGAUGAUUUAACAUUAUUAAUAUCAAUAAAAUUUGCCAUCAAUAA